UUUUAUUAAUGGGAGAAAAUUCAAACUCAUAAACAUGAGUUUUUUUCGUCUAAAAUUGGAGCAGAUUUGGGCAAGUAGCCACGAGGACGGGUUAGGUGCUGCUCCCGCGCGGCCUCAGUUGGAAUGGCGUGUCUCCAAGUCCCAACAAGCGCUUUCCAAACGUAUUUGGUAGGCAUCAUGAUAAUAGAAUGAGUUCCGAAGGCGAAGAUGCACUUACCACUGCGAUUGCGAGCCACUUCCGGUGUGAACCCAUGGACCCCACGCGCUCACCUCAUCCACUCCCAAUGGUUUCCCCUCCUCCGCCACGCCAUCGCCGCCUCCGACUUGCCCCUCGGGAAGCGCGCCCACGCCUGCAUUCUAACCUCCGGCCUCAACGUCGACGACCGCUUCCUUACCAACAACCUCAUCACCAUGUACGCCAAAUGCGGCUCCCUCUCCUCCGCCCGCAAACUGUUCGACACAACGCCCCACUCCUCCAGAGACCUCGUCACCUGGAACGCCAUCCUCGCCGCCUACGCCAACGCCCACAAUACCCACGCCGGCUUCCACCUCUUCCGCCUCCUCCGCCACUCCGCCGUCUCCGCCACUCGCCACACCCUCGCCCCCGUCUUCAAAAUGUGCCUCCUCUCCGCUUCCCCCUCCGCCUCCCAGUCCCUCCACGGCUACGCCGUCAAGAUAGGCUUAGAAUGGGACCUCUUCGUCGCCGGUGCCCUCGUCAACAUAUACGCCAAGUUCGGACGCAUCAGAGACGCACGCGUUUUGUUCGACGGAAUGGCCGUCAGGGACGUUGUUCUCUGGAACGUCAUGAUCAAGGCCUACGUCGACACGUGUCUCCAAGAUCAAGCGCUGGUUCUCUUCUCUCAGUUUCACCGAACCGGACUGCGUCCCGAUCACGUCACUGUCCUCACUCUCACCCGCGUUGCCAAAAGUAAAACUCUUUUCCAACGCCACUUGAACCAGCUUCGUGCUUAUGCCACUAAAUUGUUUCCUUCUGAUGAUGAUUCCGAUGUCAUUACGUGGAACAAGACACUGUCUCAGUGUCUUCAGAGAGGUGAAGCUUGGGAAGCUGUUGAUUGUUUUGCAGAUAUGAUCAAGUCACGGGUUGCGUGUGACAGCGUGACGUUCGUUGUAAUGUUGUCUGUGGUCGCUAGUUUGAACUAUCUUGAACUGGGGAAACAGAUUCAUGGUGUCCUUGUGAGGUCGGGGUUCGAUGGAAAUGUCCAUGUUGGUAAUAGCCUUAUCAAUAUGUAUGUCAAGGCUGGUUCCGUUUCUCAUGCGAGAAAGGUGUUUCGUCAAAUGGAUGAAGUGGAUUUGAUAUCGUGGAACACCGUGAUAUCUGGUUGUGCAUUGAGUGGUUUGGAGGAGUGUUCUGCUGGGUUGUUUGUUGAUUUAUUACGCAGUGGCCUCUUGCCGGAUCAGUUCACCAUUGCCAGCGUUUUGAGGGCUUGUUCUUCUCUUGAAGAUGGUUACUAUCUUGCCAAGCAGAUUCAUGCUUGUGCAAUAAAAGCUGGUGUUGUCUUAGAUUCGUUUGUUUCAACGGCACUGAUUGAUGUCUAUUCCAAGAGUGGGAACAUGGGGGAGGCAGAAUUUCUUUUUGUUAACCAAGAUGGAUUUGAUUUGGCAUCUUGGAAUGCUAUGAUGCAUGGGUAUAUAGUGAGUGGUGAUUUUCCUAAGGCAUUGAGGCUUUACAUUCUAAUGCAUGAAAGUGGGGAGAGAGCGGAUCAGAUUACUCUGGCGAAUGCAGCUAAGGCUGCUGCGGGCUUGGUGGGGCUUCAGCAAGGGAAGCAAAUUCACACUGUUGUUGUGAAAAGGGGGUUUAAUUUAGAUUUGUUUGUCAUUAGUGGAGUUCUUGACAUGUAUCUAAAAUGUGGUGAGAUGGAAAGUGCUAGCAGAGUUUUUAGUGAGAUACUCUCACCAGAUGAUGUUGCCUGGACUACUAUGAUAUCAGGAUGUGUGGAGAAUGGGCAAGAAGAGCACGCUCUUUUCACAUACCAUCGGAUGAGACAUUCUAGGGUGCAGCCAGAUGAGUAUACUUUUGCUACCCUUAUCAAGGGUUGCUCUCUUUUAACAGCAUUGGAACAAGGGAGACAGAUUCAUGCAAAUAUUGUAAAGCUAAACUGUGCUUUUGAUCCUUUUGUGAUGACCUCACUUGUUGACAUGUAUGCCAAGUGUGGGAACAUAGAAGAUGCGCGUGGUUUGUUUAAAAGAAUGAACACGGGGAGGAUCGCCUCGUGGAAUGCCAUGAUAGUAGGAUUAGCUCAACACGGAAAUGCUGAGGAGGCGCUCCACUUUUUCAAAGAUAUGAAAUCUAGGGGUGUAAUGCCAGAUAGAGUUACUUUUAUAGGGGUUCUUUCUGCAUGCAGUCAUUCUGGUUUGAUAUCCGAAGCCUAUGAGAAUCUAUAUUCCAUGCAGAAAAACUAUGGAAUUGAACCUGAGAUUGAGCACUAUUCUUGUCUUGUUGAUGCCCUGAGCCGUGCGGGGCGGAUACAAGAAGCUGAAAAGGUGAUAUCAUCAAUGCCUUUCGAAGCUUCUGCUUCAAUGUAUAGAACACUGCUUAAUGCUUGUAGGGUUCUGGUAGACAAGGAGGCGGGAAAGCGUGUAGCAGAAAAGCUUUUGGCUUUGGAGCCAUCUGAUUCAUCCGCUUAUGUUCUUUUAUCUAAUGUUUAUGCGGCUGCUAACCAAUGGGAAAAUGUGGCGAGUGCUAGAAAUAUGAUGAGAAAGGUAAAUGUGAAGAAGGAUCCAGGGUUUAGUUGGGUAGAUUUGAGGAACAAGGUGCAUUUGUUUGUAGCUGGGGAUAGAUCACACGAAGAAUCUGAUGUGAUAUAUAAUAAGGUGGAGUAUGUUAUGAAGAGGAUUAGAGAAGAAGGAUAUGUUCCUGAUACGGACUUUGCACUUGUUGAUGUAGAAGAAGAAGAUAAAGAGAGUGCUUUAUAUUGUCAUAGUGAGAAGCUAGCAAUAGCUUAUGGGCUCAUAAAAACUCCACCAUUCACUACGUUAAGGGUAAUUAAAAACCUCAGAGUGUGUGGAGAUUGCCAUAAUGCAAUCAAAUAUAUAUCAAAGGUGUUUAAGCGAGAGAUUGUUUUGAGAGAUGCAAAUCGAUUUCAUCAUUUCAGGAAUGGGAUUUGCUCUUGUGGUGAUUACUGGUGAGGUGAGAAUUGAAUCUUUCCCUUAGUAGUACCCCAUUAUUAUAAGUGGGUUUAUGGAGAGCCAUCAGCUAACCUUCCUUUUUGUUGGCUCCUCUUGUCUUCGUCGACUAGCUAGUUAGAGUUACUUGACAAAAGAUUCACAAAGGAUUUUAGUUAUGAAAUAAGUUAUUAGACCUGAUUGGUCAACCUUCAAAAGGGGUCUUGCAAAUAAUUGGUAUAAAAACUAGUUCAACAUCGACUUGCACCAAUCCAAACAUCU